UUCAGAUCAUAAACUCAGCUCGCAGUAAACAGACUGAUCCUUUCGAUACAAUUGAAUUAGGGAAUUCAAUGGAAACAGUAAAUAAAUAUUUGGACUCUAACUUUUUAAAAUAUUUCUCAGAACCGUAUGAUGCUAACACUACUACUUACGUUACUUCAGGAGUCAACAAUGCAUUUUUAUUAUCAUCGGACGCUCCCUCCUUACGGCAAAGUGAUGAACAAACCAGUCCUGUUGUAUCAGCAUCUUAUAUGAAUGUUCAAAAUGUACGUAGUGAAAAUCUCGUUUUGAUACCAUCGACCAACUCUCUAGAACAAUAUCGUUUGCAACUCUAUAACUAUGCGUUAAAUAUAGAUCGUUUGCGCUGUUUUCAACAUAAUACGACAGCGGUUUAUGGAAGUAGUCCUGGUCCCGGUUUGCAUUUAGUAGUAAACGGAGAAAAUAAAUAUAAUUUAGGGUCAAUAGAUAUGAAGAGGGAUAGUAAUUAUUCCAGCCCUAACAUAAGUAGUGUUAGACCAUAUGUCCCGUUAGCGUUAGCACAUGGAAACCGUUUUGAUUUUUCAAUGUCACUAUUCCCACAGCGAAUGGUUCGUCCAGAGGAGCCAAAACCACAGUACAGCUAUAUAGGUCUUAUAGCGAUGGCAAUACUGAGUUCUGCCGAAACAAAACUCGUGUUGUCUGAUAUAUAUCAACAUAUUUUAGAUAACUAUCCUUAUUUUCGUGCACGUGGACCAGGUUGGCGUAAUUCAAUACGACACAAUCUAUCAUUGAAUGAUUGCUUCAUUAAAUCCGGACGUAGUGCCAAUGGAAAGGGCCAUUACUGGGCCAUACAUCCGGCAAAUAUUGACGAUUUUCGUAGAGGUGAUUUCAGACGUCGUAAGGCACAACGCAAGGUUCGCAAACAUAUGGGUUUAUCGUUAGAUGAUGGUGGCACAGACUCUCCCAGUCCGCCGCCACUCGAUCUGACGUCAACGCAAUUAACAUCAACUCGUUUGCUCCGAUUACCUGUCCCAGGAAAUAGUUUAACUGCGACGCAUGAUUUUAGUACACCUAAUGCGCGUUCAUUUAAUUAUUUGAACCCGUUAUUGCAAAUUCCCACAUCGUCGUUUUCAUUACAGCAAGCGCAACAGCAAAAUCAAGACAGUUAUUUUGGUACAGCUGUUAUGGAACAGUAUACGUGUAUGCCGCCAGUUCCGGCAUUCAAAAAUGGGUAUACGUCAAGUUUACAGCAAGAAUAUUAUAAACUUUGUAGCAAUGGGCAAUUAGAUAAUCUGCAUAAUAAUGACAACGGAACACAAUCGUCGUCCGAGCAUUCCUUUGCCGAUAAUCACAAAAACUCGAAAAUUUCUGUAAUUAAUGGAACGGCCAUAUCGACCGUUGCACCACAUUCCUUUACUAGUGCAAAAACUAAUUAUUAUACGCAAAUGCAUAAACGACAAUUUGAUGUAGCAUCUCUCUUGGCUCCUGACCGAAACAUUUUCACGACGACAUUAAGAGAAAUGGAUCAGCAAGCACCUACUUUUGAUGCAUUAGAAUACGCUCAAUUUCUAAAAAAAAACACAGAGGAACAUGGAAAACACCGGCUGCAGCUAAUGCCUGCUGAGACACAAGUUACUCAUAAAAGUUCGUUUACACUCCCCGUUUCACAAGCACAAAAAUUUUCGCCACUAGAGAUCGAGUACGAGCGCGAUCAAGAGCAGGAUGAGAUCGACGUUGUUGCAAAUGAUAUUGAUGAGCAUGAUCACAAUAAAGACGAGCACCAACAAUUAUUUAGUUCGAUCUCAAAAAGUGGUAGCAGCUCCCAUAAUGGUGCAGAAAAUUAUGGUGACUCUGAUAAUGAGAAUAAUAUCAUACAUAAACGUACUAAUUCAAGUCAUCCCCAUCCUUUGAUGCCAAACGCGGUUAUAGAAUGGCGUAUGCUGCAACAACAACCCAUAUCAGUAGAAGCAUUAAUCAAAAAAUUUGCAGUCGGUAAAUCGUCCAAUGCAACAAGCAAUACGGAAGGUUUUGGCUGCGCUACAAAAAUUACAUCCACAAACUCAGUAAAUCCAAUAUUAAAUACACAAUUUAUGGCUUUGGAAGGCACAAAUGAAACGAACUUUAACGACAGCAAAAAUCAAAUGAAACUAUGGGAGCAUGAUCCAAAUGUAACAACACACAAGAGUCUACAUGUUCGACGUAUAAUACAGCAUUUACACCAGCAUCAGCAACAACAUAACCAUGAUGUUCUAAAAGAACCGAUCGAUGAUAAUGGUGGCCGUCAUUAUAGCACUUACAUCACGGCGGAUACAAGCAGACAUAUGAGUCCUAUACAAUUAAGACAGAUCCAACAACAAAAAUGCGACGUUAUUAGUAAAGUCGCAGCAGCAACGAUGGAAGUACUGGACAAUGAGUAAAUUCAAGCCGCAGCACCGUACAUACAUAGGUGGGACGGUAAUAGUAAACGUAGGUGUAGUAUAACAAUUAUAACUAACUGUAACACUAACACCAAAAUUGUAUUAAAGGUUUAAUGUAGUGUUAAAAAUUAUUUUAUUGCAAAUAAUUAGCCACUAUUCAAAGUCCACAUAGUUUUUUAAACUAAUAAAUUUAUCAACAUUAAUCAGUAAAAUUAAAAAAAAGGUAAAUAUAUACAUAUAUAAGUUCAAAGGAUAAUAUAGUAAUUAUAAAUAAAGUAAUAUAGCGGAUUUGGUGUAUAAAAUUUAAUUUUACAGUUAAGGAGCGGUCGGUUUAACACAUCAAACUUCUCUUAGUAGUCGAAAUUGCGCUUCAUCCUAAUUCAUUAAUCUCAAUUCCUCUUAUUUGAGACCGCUUUUUACAUUAUACAUGCACUAUUUAUACUAAAUCCAACAAAUGAAGGUAUAUUAUAAAAUGCGUACUGAAUUCGCCAGUUGAUUUCACCUUAAUUAUUAUUAUUUGAACUGACUCAAAUUCACAAAGAUCACCACUUAUGUAUGGUAUACAUAGAUAUACUAAUUCGAAUAAGAACUUUAUUAUUUGUUCAUAUGUAUUAAGAUAAGUUUUCGUUUUGAACUUUAUUGUUAAUAACAGAUUUAUAAAACUGCAAUCAACCUAAUGAUCG